AUGACCCUCUUCAAAAGGCCGUGCCUUUACUCAAAGAUUGAUAAGGAAGACCCAGAAGAGGUAUUUCAGCGACGAGCCAAAUUUUUGAUUUACAAAACGCUUCAAGAAGUCGACUAUAUUUCUCGGCGUUCUCCUCCUUCGUCGUCGUUUCUGCGGUUGAAGCUUUUCCGAUUGAAGCUCAAGCUCGGAAAAAGGUUGACUAAGCUGCGUAAAAGCGUAGUAUCCGCCGUUAAAUUUGGCGGAAUUCGAAAGCAUUCUCAAGGCGGCGUGAGAACGUUGAAUAAACUGUUCCAAGGUGGUGCAACAACCGGACUACCUAGGCCUAUUUUCACUCUUGAAGUUUGA